GAUGAUCUAGACCUAUUGGCACGAUUUGCAUUACUUUGCGGCCAGAACUGCAAUGGCUGUCCUGCAGCGAAGCUAGUAUGGCGACAAGUGAAGGGCUAUGCUCAAGUAUUGGGAGGAUGAAACCGCAGUGGCUCCGUCACAGUCUUUGGUCUCUUUGACUAGGGCUGUCAGGGCUUCUGCAUCAUCUGCGCCGCAGGCGCCAGUCAAUGCUACAGUGGAGGUGGGCUUCAAGAAGGACCGCCACAAACCUCCUGCUCCGCCAAAGAGGAAGAAACGGCCGCAGGCAGAGCUCAUGGACGUGCUGAGAGGCAACCGGUCCUGCUUACUGGCGCUUGGGUUGGAUGAAACCGCGCAGGAUAUCAUGAUAAUUCAAGCCCUUUUGCGUGUAGAGGAACCCGAGAGCUUCUUCAGGAACCAUGGAGCAGCUGAGGAUGUUGCCAAGAACAUUGCAGCACUCUACGAGGCAUGCGGGGACGAGCUCUUGAACAUAUCCAAUGGUUUCCUUUUCAAAGCCUGGUGCCUCGCCGUCGAGCUUCUGCUGGCCAUCAUGGUCAUAUUUGUGCUUGCUGCGGUGGUGGUGUGGCUGUCCACGCUUGACUGGGUGAAGGGCGAAUGCCUGUUUUCCGACUUCACCAACGGGACUUGUCACCAUGGCAAUGACUGUCGGCUCCAGAUCGCCACGCAGACUGACCAGGGCAUUGCCUACGUCAAUAAUUUCGUGGUGCCAGUGACGUCGGGCCGCGAUAGCAACGCGAAUGGCCUCAAGAUUUUUGAUGGAGCUUUCCGAUGCUGCAACUACGCACAAGCUGCCCUGUACCAGGACGCUAUCCCAGAGGAAGCCACUGUGGAGAGCAUCGGAAGCUUGGGCCAAGGCUUUGGUUCUGGUACGCCCUGUUGCAACUUCUACAACAGCCGCUUCAAGGUCUUUUGCGACAACUUUGGAAUUGUCGAGCAGUUCUCUCAUUGUCCGACAUCGCCCUGGGCCUGUCGCUUGUUCAGCACGGUGGACGAGAGGGGGCGGCCGCAGAUCAGCGAAGUGCAGGUUUGGGAAGAGCCCUGGACUUGGGUUCUGGUGCUGUGCGCUGUGGGCAUGCUAGUGCCCAUUGCGACGGUCAUCGCUGUGGGUUUUGCGUGCAAGCAUUCUGAGCUGUUGUACCGCGUUGGCCUUCGGUUCACUUUCGCGGUGGAACGGCUGCAGCGAAGAGUUCGCCUUGGGGCACGCUUGAGGGAAUGUUCGCUCCGCACACAGGCUUGCUGCCGAAGGGCGCUUCGACUUUCCACCAAGGCGCAGGACAGAGCCUUGCGAAGAGAGAGGAAGAUGCGCGAGCUGCUGGAGCAAAUCGAGGAACGCCUGAAAGCGGAAGAGGAGGCGGAGCUGGCAGGAGCCAGUGAGGAAGAGAUCAAGUUUGGAGGCUUGAAGAGAGGAAAGAUACAAGAAAUGAAGGACAAAGCUGCUGCUAAAGCUGCAGCCCGAAAGAGGGUGGCCGCCCAUGAGCUGCGGAAGAUGUUCAGGAAGAGCCGCAAGAAGAAGUCGGCGAGCCUACAGAUAUUGGAGAACGAUGGCAAGCCGGAGCUCUUAAGGAUCUCUCAAACAGAGAGUGCCGUCGCAUCUUCAUCAGAGGAUUCGGCUGACAACCAAGUACACCCCUGGGAUUCAGAGAUGCUUGAGGAGGUUCAGGAAUCAGGCGAAGAUCAAACACACAAUUCUCGGCCAGCGACGAAGAACCUUCAAAGCAUGCUCCGACCCAUCAUGACACCCAUGGAGCCACGAAGGUCUCCGAGGGUGUCGAGGAAGUUUGGUCUUCAGGAUUUUAGCUCGACUACAGGGUCCUUCGCAACCGCGACUUCCUUUCACAGUGGCUUUGGCACCGACCUAGGCUCCACAUCGUUGUCAUCUGUUGGUCGUGGCGACUCCAUGGCUCAAACCUUCUCGGAGGGAUUCCACUAUGCGGGCGUCCAAGGAGUUCGAAGAAAGAAGAAGCGUCGGGUCCAGGAUGGGAAGAUGCGGCGAGGAAAAGCUCGGGCAGCAUGGCAGUCUGACCCGGAGGAGAAGACCUUCGGUAGGCAGACUGAUGAGAGCUUCAACACUUCCAAGCGCAGUGCCUGGAACCCGUCUUGAUGGCAGCCUUUACAGGGCCAAGUGCAGCGAAGCAUAGCGAAGCUAGGUCGUUCUUUGGGGUGUUGAAUGGCCACGACUGCCA